CAAAAUCAUCCGUUUUUUCCUGUUUUGGGGACCUUCAAAGCGUCACAGGCGGGGAACUUCCCCGUGGGAACCCCGUGUUUUUGGGAUGGAGACGGAGGAGAGCGAGGUGCUGGGAUCCAUAGGUGGUGAGACGGAAGACUUGCAGGCAGGCUGCAGGAACUGUGAUGAUGCAGAAAGAGGUGACAAGGCAUCUGACGCCGAAGUCCACGCACCUGCAGAGGGGCCCUCUGCCCAGUGCGACGGUGAGGGCGUCAAGGCCCAAGAAUGUGUGCGGCCUCGGGUGGAGUCUGCGCAGAAGGAGUUCCGGCUGCCCAGAAGGAGUUCCGUGGCCGGCCGGACGGAGCGGGGCUGAUUGGAACGACUUGGUCCGCCUCGUUGAGACGACGACCGAGGUCUCUUCGCAGAGGCACCUUGG